AUGUUGAAACCUAAAGCUUUAACCCAAGUACUAAGUCAAGCGAAUACAGGAGGAGUCGAAAAUACAUUAUUGUUAAAUCAUCAAGGAGCUCUUUUGGCUUAUUCAGGCUACAAUGAUAAAGAUGCCAGAGUUACUGCCGCUAUAGCUAGCAACGUUUGGUCUGCAUAUGAAAAGCAAGAUUUAAAGUAUUGUUCCUGCAACACAUUUAGAGUUAAAUUUUUGCAGUAUUCAGAUGUUGCAUUUACU